CACAAGUGGUACUGCCCUGAACAAGCAAACAAGAUCCUCGUGCAUGUUAGGAUGAGGAAGUAGUCUGUUGAAUUUAUUGCUGUUACAACAAGCUCUCUUUUGAAAACCAUAGCCGGUGAGAGAAUUUAUUCUGCCCAUGAUAACAUAAUUAUUGUGCUUUUUGCAGUUCCUAAUGCGAGUGAAAGAGGGGAUCAGGAUAUCUAGCAAGACUAUCAAACAAAAGGGAAAGGUUAACGAGAAGCAGUUUUACCAACGGCAACUUGCUUUAUACAAGGAAUUCAUUGUCUCUCACAGAGAUCAGACAUGGGUUUUCAGUUCCGCGAAAUGGCCUACUCUUCAGCAAAUUAUACUAGCCAGUGUAAUCUCAGGAUUAAUCAACAACAAGGCAUCUACGACAAUGGAAGCCCGUUACCAAAUAUUUAUCGAGAGAGAGUUCUUUAUCUCCACCUCCAUGGAUAUUGUCAAAGACAAAUUUCAGGCACAGCACGGGUUAGUAUUGGCUAUGUCAUUAAAGUUGUUCAAAACUAUGAGGACAACAACAUGUGUCUUCCUCCGAUGCGAAAAUUAGCGACUCAUAAUGUUGUUACACAAGACAUUGCCGAUUACAUUGAAUCCGAGAAAUUAUUAUUUCUUUUGGUAUUUUUUUUAUUUAACAUUCUUUAAUUCCUUACAUAAUUUCAUUAAUUUACAAUAUUGUGAUUAAAAAAAUAAUAAAAUAGUUAAAUGGAUAUUUACAUUAUUAUUGUUGCUUCUUGUUCAGGGGAAAUUAAAUAGAAUAAAGAAGAUACAAAUUUGUGGGAGAACAUUUUUUGUAUCUACUGUAGUUAUUCACACUUCUUACUAUUCAAAUACAUACACUACGAACAAUUAUGA